CCAGCCACCUCCCGCCGCCGCCGCCGCCAUGGCCGGACUCAGCCGCCUCGAACUGGCCGCGUCGCUGCUGAAACGACGCAGUUUCACCCUCCUCGCUCCUCGCCGCGCCUACGGAUCCGCCGCCGCGGCUCAGCUGGACUACUACUCCUCCUCCGAAGACGAAGAGUCAGAGAAGUAUAAGGAUCGGACGGCGGUGCUGGACUCCGCCGGGUGGGUCCCACGGAGAGGGAUACAUUGGUGUUUGAUAGGAGAUCGAAGUGCGAGGAAGCACUUGUACGCCGAGAGGCUCUCGAAGCUUCUGGAAGUUCCGCGCAUCUCUAUGGGCUCUCUCGUCCGCCAGGAGCUCAACCCUCGCUCUGCUCUCUACAAGCAGAUUGCGAAAGCGGUGAAUGGAGGGAAGCUUGUUGAGGAUGAAGUGAUUUUCGCAUUGUUGUCGAAGAGGCUUGAAGAAGGAUACUACAGAGGUGAAAAUGGAUUCAUUCUUGAUGGGAUUCCUCGAACUAGAAUUCAAGCGGAGUUGGUUGACCAAAUUGCGGAAAUUGAUCUAGUAGUGAAUCUCAAAUCCGCUGAUGAUAACUUGGUGAAAACGGAUCUAGGAACUGGAAGCUUGGCUCUUAGUCAAGAGUAUCUUAGGAUGAGUAACACUAUGCAUGAUGUAAAUCUGCAGGAAGAACAAUUGAAAUCCACAAAAGCUGAGCAGAGUAAGUCGUUGGAGGAUUACUACAGAAAACAGAACAAACUCAUCGAUUUUCACAUCAAAGGUGCCCCCGGAGAAACCUGGAAGGGGCUGCUGGCCGCAUUGCAUCUUCAGCAUAUAAAUGCUGUCAGUUCUUCCCAGAAGCUAACUGCAUGAUUUGGUUGCAUCUGGCUCUUUUUUGACCUCAUUAUUCUCUAGUAUUCCGGCGAUAUAGUAUAUAUGUUAUAUGUGAGUGAGAUUUAGAGAGCUGUUUUGAAGUUCAAGUGUCUUCCAUCUCAGCUUUGAAAAUUUUUGGACUUGUGAGUGAUGUUUUAGUGUAUGCCUUGUGACAUGUUGCAAGUUUGUAAUGUAGUGAAUGAUGGAACUGAGAUAAGGAACUGGUCUGUUUCUGGCCUAUUGAAAUCGAUCGUAUUACAUAAAUAAAGCAUUUCUGAUGUAAAAUGCAAUGGUACAAGUUAAGCUACAUUCAGAGUACCAGUGUCAUCCUAAAAUGUGUAUGAAGCUAACUUACGUCAUCCUAAAAUGUGGUAUUUUGCGUGGCAAAAUCAAAGCUCUUAUUAGUUUAUAACCUUUGAGAAUU